AUGACGUCCAAAUGGGAGGCCGGUCGCAGCCGCGCCAUUUGUAACGGCUCAGAGGGCACUCCCGUCAGGAUCUCCAUCGAUGUGACCCAUGUCCACCAAACAUUUCCAGACGUCAGCCACCUCGAUGAAAAGGAGGACAUGCACUGGAGACCGCAGGGAGUGGUGGAAGGCAUCGACACUGCCAUAAACUGCUCGAAGAAGGAGCAGAAUAUGACGCAGACCAAGAAGCAAUGGUGCUGUCAAGUAAGCCCCAAUUGCACGGUGAAUGUCACGGAGUUUGAUUGCCUCGCUGGUUUGUCACAAUGGGAGACUGAUUGGAGCCUAGAAAAGAAAGUAUGGUGCUGGACCUCUGGUGGACAUCACGACCUCUUCGACUGCGCAGAUGGCGUUGAGAACGCGGAUAACGGCUGGUCCACGGACAAGCAAGACUGGUGCUGUCGCAACAAGCAGUUGGGAUGUGCUCCCUACUUCGAUUGUGACAAUGGCCUCGAGACGUGGGAAACCAGUUGGAACCUCACCAAGAAGAAAUGGUGUUGGGACCAUGAGCAAAAGGGCUACCUUCAUCCUUACAGAUGCGAGGGUACCUUUGCUGAUCAAGAGAAAUGGCCAUCGGCCAAGCAGGACUGGUGCUGUCAGCACAUGCACAAAGGUUGCAUGGGAAAUUACGACUGCAAGGAAAAUUAUGACACGUGGCAAGUGCAGUGGACGGCAGAAAAGAAGCACUAUUGCUGCGAAAAAGAAGGCAAAGGCUGCUAUGACUGCAACGCUGGCCUUGCCAACUGGGACAGGGGCUGGUCGGACAAGAAGAAGGCGUACUGCUGCAAAGAAGAGAAGAAGGCAUGCUACUCUUGCUUGGACGUCUCUGGCAUGUCCAAGUGGUCAACAGAACAGAAAGGGUAUUGUUGCAGCACGCAGAAUGUGGCCUGCCACAAUUGCACUGGAGAUGUGAGACUGUUCCUCGGUGACAAGCGGGAGUGGUGCUGCAAGAACGAAGGACGCUGCCCUCCUGAGCUAACACUCUCCUCCACUUCGUCAACCACCAAUUGCCCAGAUGCCAUUGAUUCGGAUGACCCCGCCUACUGCAACACACCCAUCGGCACUUGGCCUGAAGAGAAGCGCGAAUUCUGCUGCAAACACUUCAAGAGAGGAUGUCCUGACAAGAAAUUUGACUGUGAUGAGGACCUCAAGAAUCACGAGUGGGCAUGGUCUGAAAAAAAGAAGGAGUGGUGCUGCGACGAGGAGAAAAAAGGUUGUCCUCCACCCAUCAACUGCCAUACUUCGCCAACCUCAUGGACGCUUAAGAAACGGCACUAUUGCUGUACAAUGCACCACAUUGGCUGCGAUCUCUACCACUGCCGAGAUGGAACUUCGCCACACACCUGGUCGGCAGAGCGACAGCACUGGUGCUGCAUGCACGAAGACAUCGGUUGUCCGGUAGAAAAGAAGCCACUUUACCCGUAUGACUGCCUUAGAGACGUUUCCAGAUGGCGCGAACGUUGGCACCAUGCUAAGAAAGAGUACUGCUGUAAAAAAAUUGACAUCGGAUGUGAGGAUCAUGGGCCAGGGCCUGAAGGCGGUGGUAGCUUGGGCGGUUGCAGCGCUACUUGCAACUGGGACUCCCAAAGCUUCACAUGUGCUGAGCGCAUCAAAUAUGCGGCGUCACACCGAUUUGCCAAUCAACAACAUGCUUGUGUGGCCGCUCAUCACUUGGUUGCUGGUGAAUGCGAUCAUUGUGGGCAGUGCACUGUGGAGAUGUCCGGUUGCUAUGUUUUUUGGCACGGAGAAACACAUCACCAAAUCACGAAGCACAUAGAGACAACGGUGGUGCAUGGGGUCUCUCAGUUUGACUGCAACGUUGAUUUCACAGAGUGGGAGAUCAAAUGGGAUGCGCGCAAGAAGGAAUUAUGCUGCAAGCGCGAGAAGAAAGCUUGCGCUCGAUAUCAGUGCGACUUGGACUUGGUGAACUUCAAGCUUCAUUGGGGAACGCCAAAGAAGGUCUGGUGCUGCGAGCACGAACACCUUGGCUGCGAACCAGGCUUGCAGUGGUUUGACUGCACUGAACAGGCGGAGCAUUGGGAGCAUGUUUGGAAACCUGAGAAGAAGACUUGGUGUUGCGCGCAUGAGCAGAAAGGAUGUCCUGGAUGGAAGUGGCAUCCACCAAUACCCGUUGCAAGCAGCAUGCCAGAAGGAGUCGUGCAUGUGACCCACACCACCUACACUACGCAUCAUGUGCAUCAUGGUGGACAUUGGGAUGUGGGCUUUGGCAAUUCCUGGCAUCAUGGAGGUGAAUGGCAUCAAGGGCAUCACCCGGCAGUGGAAGAGCAUACCACGCAUCAUACCGAGCAUCAUGAAUUUCACACUGAGCAGAAAGACCUGGGACAGCGCUUCCACUGUCACGCUGCCUUAACAAAUUGGGAAGAUGCGUGGUCGCCAGCGAAAAAGACUUGGUGUUGGAAGCACUAUAAGCUUGGUUACCGCUUGGCCUACAACUGUCACAUCGGAGAGGCCUCCUCUUGGAGCGAUGCCAAGAACAACUGGUGCUGUUCACAGAUGAACGUUUGCCAUACCCAUCAACGUCACUUCCGCUUUGACUGCAACGCUGCCCUGGGCAAUUGGGAAAAAGCCUGGAGUCCAAGCAAGAAGACUUGGUGCUGGGAAAACGAGCAGAAGGGUGGACCACCAGCAGCACCAACGGCAGCACCAACGGCAGCACCUGCAGUACCUGCAGUGCCAGAAGUUUCGGGUGAAAAUGCAUGGGGAGCUGGAGGCAUGAUCCCUGAGGGCUUUGGUAUCCCUGAGGGCUUUCGUGGUGACUUGGGUAGCCGCAGUUCACAUCACGGUCACCUUUUCGACUGCCAAGCAGCGCUUGGAAACUGGGAAAAUGCCUGGAGUAUGGCAAAAAAGGGAUGGUGUUGGAGACGGGAAAAGAAGGGUGGUCCAGAGCCGUUCAACUGCUACACAGAUGUUCUUGGUUGGACCGAAAAAAAGAAGUCCUGGUGCUGUGAACAACACAGACACACGUGCCCAGAGCGGCGGUUGUCAGAGAAAAUGACAGACAUCUUCACGUAGUUCAUUCCUCUCUGAGCUGCGCGAAUCGCCAGUUUUAAACAUGGCAAUGGCAGUCCGGGCCAUGGUCAACUCGCGGGACACGCCUGGAUUAAAAGGAUCCGGGGCUUAGUGACUUGCGAUGUCCAAGAAUCGCAGAUUCUGAGUGAGC